CGCGUCCUCGGCUCCGGACGAUCUAGUAUGCAAUUUCAGUAAUUAAGUAGCAUGGUACGCCGCGUCUAGUCUUCUGCUAGCCAGGCUCGGUCAGAACAUGAGCGGAGGGCGUCCGUCCAUCGCAUGUGCCCUUGCGCCCGGCAGCGACCCACGCCGCGAAAUGGCGAUCGUGAACGAUGUUUGCGAAGCCUCGUGAGAGGGCCGAUAUGAACUGCUCGACGCCCACAUCAUCCACAGACAGCGGCUCUGGCCCCAGAGACGCCGCCAACGGUGGGCCCAAAGCCAUCAUCAAGAACGUCGAUAUGAGCGAAGACAUGCAGCAGGAGUCGGUCGACAUCGCGUCCGCCGCCCUCGAAAAGUACAAUAUCGAGAAGGACAUCGCUGCCCAGAUCAAGAAAGAGUUCGACCGCCGCCAUGGACCUACCUGGCACGUUGUCGUCGGCAAGAACUUUGGCAGCUACGUGACCCAUGAAACCAAGCACUUCAUCUACUUCUACAUCGGCACCCUCGCCAUCCUCAUCUGGAAGUCAUAA